CCGACUAUUUCCGAGGUUGGGCCGACAUCCUGCCAGGUCGAAUGGCAACCCCUUAAUGCAAUGGGUUUGGAUCCUCUUAUCUACGUGCUCCAAAUCAUGCGUGUUCAGCACGGAAAUUCUGAUUCAAGUGACAAAGCCGUAACUGUCUAUCGAGGUGCUCAGACCUCCUACCUUCUUAGUGGUCUGAGCUCUGGCGCCGACUACAUUGCCCGUGUGUAUGCCAUUCGCCUCUGUCAAGUUCCUGUUGAGAAUUCUGAUUUAGUGAUGUCCUCAUCAUCCUAUGCAAAGUACAACAACUGCGUUACCUCCUCGGAAGAUGUUAAAAAGGAAUUAAAUGUGAGUUGGUCCCCUCAGCUACUGAACUUUAACGGCAGUAUGCAGGAAUGGAGAAACCCAUAA